UUUGCAAACAUGUUGACCCUGUAUACGUUCUUAGGGGCAGAGCUUGCAUAGUCUGUAAUGGUCAAAAGGGCUAGCAGCAAGUGAUGCAUCUAAUUUUGGACAAUUAAUAUGUACUUAUGGACUCUCCUGUCUGUGUUCUAGCUUUUUUGUCUGCUAUUUUCUGAAAUCUCAAUAUAAUUACAUGAAAACACAUCAACCACAACAUUCGUUAAUUUCCCCCAGGAACAGCAUAAUUACAUUUCUCCAGCUCCAUCCCUUAGUGGUUAUAAUGGAAAAGUGUUAACAAGAAUGCUUUGUUAUAGUUUUAACUACCAAAUUUGUGGGGGAAAAGAUAUGUGCCUUCAUCUAGUAUGAAGGUAGUUUGAGUCAAUGCAAACUAUUGUAGAGCAUUUAUUUAACUUCUGUGUGCUAUUGCAAGUUAGGGACUGUGCAACAGUUUGCCGACUGCAUGCACACAUUAAUUGGUAUCCACAACCUCUGAAUCUGCGGGGGUAGAUAGAAGGCUUUAUUGUUCAAAUCCUGUCCCUGUAAGGUACUGUAGGACAAUCUGAUCCUUCGUGUAUGGUUGGGGCCAUUUCUACCAUGAGCUGUGAGGACAGUAGCUCAACUAGCUGUCAGUAGGGCUGCACAAUUAAACGAAAUGUAAUCGAAAUUGCGAUAUUGACAUGUGCUAUAUCCAAAUAGCCAACAUAAGCGGAGCCGGGAUAGAAGAGCCAAUGUCUCUUACCCCUUGUUAAAUAGCGUAGUGGUUAGAGACGCGGACUUCGGAAACUCAGGUGCCGCGUUUGACUCCUGUCAGUCAGAACACAUUGUGCCUUAAUUAGGAACUGUUCAGGACAGACAGAAACAUCGAUGGUUACAACCAUCUAGGAAGCCUAAAAUAAAACAAUUCUGGUGGAUAUUAGGAUUUGAUCAGUAUAGACAAACACUUCGUUGGCUACACUCUCUCGUCUUUUCACUUGACGAAAAAGCCAGUUAUCGACACCUAUAUAUUGAGUUGUUGUGUGGUUGCGGCAAACUUAACAAGAAACGUUACUCCGUUUAACACAAUGCUUAAUGGUGUCUAGAUAAACAUUCAAACUGCGCGAUGUUACUGAGUGACAAAACUAUGUAAUGUCAAGUCCAAAAGUGGUGGGGCAAAAUUUGGGACAUCGGGGCAUUUCUCGGGGACCAGACCAUUUUGCCUCAACUUUUGAGGUAAACUCGUGUCCUACUUAUAUGCUUAGCUGACGAAAGAUAAUUGUAAUAAUUUACAUUUGAGUAACUCAGUAGACACUUAUCCAGAUUGACAAGGUAUACAGAAUGUUGUAUAUCCGAUUAUUAAAUUGGUCAACAACUUCAAAAAGGUGUUUAUAAAAUGAUAUUCCCAUUCCAUACAUCAGAUUAUAUUGAAUCACGUCACUAUAUAUUGUACUUACUCUUUCCAACUAUAUCGCUAGGUGGCUGUCUACGAACGACAGUUUUGUUGGCGCUAGAAUCCAUUAGCUACUUAUCCUAGUGCAUUAGUCGUCAUCCAUCUGUUACGGUUGGAAAUAAUUAUUUAUAAUUUCCGUAUAGACGACUGGAAUUUUUAGCUAGCUAGGUUUUGAAAGGUUUUACAAAUGUCAAUGUAACAACCCCACGUCACCAGUCUCAAUUUAACAAACUUACUUAGUGUCCUUUGCCAGCAGCAGCAGAUCGAUCGUUUCAUCUGUACUCGUCUUUUUCCCGUGGCAAACAUGUACAGUAAUCAGUGAGCUUAAAAUAAUACUACUUAGCUAGCUAGUUAAUAAUGUAAUGUAAGGCUACUAUACGUAACAAUAGCAGUUUUGUCAGUUAUGGAUAUGAUAUUUAUGUUGUGAUGGGACAAUUUAAGGGAGUUUGACAUACCAGUUUUUUUUACUAAUAAAAUGUCAUCAGACCAUCUGCAAUGACUCGAUUCUAACCUGCGUUACUACUCAAUGAUUUGUUGAGAGGCAGGGUCAACGCUCUGCCUCCGGGGCCGAGUUGGCUGUAGCUAGGAGAUCACUGUGACUGACAGGUGCAUUCACCUGUUGCAGUCAUCGUUUGAGGUAGUGUGUUAUAUUCAACAGAGUAAACGGCCUGAAAAGUGUUUUAUCAACUUGUUGAAUUGCAAGAAAUUCACGUUUACUUUUUUGGUUGCGAAACUUUUUUUACAUUUCUAAUAGUAGAUACUCUUGCCUAUACCGACAGCCGGCAAACGUAUUGCUCUGUGGCGUAGUGAUUAAAGACAUAGCCUCUCAUGUGGGAGACCCGGGUUCAUCUCUUUUUAUUGCGGUGUGGCUGAACUAGGCUCCACUGGUUUCUUGUUCUUGUGGGUACUGUGUAGGUAUUUUUGUAGAUUGCUUAAAUACAUGGACGGAAUUUGUUUAAAUACUUGAUGGUUUCUCAAUUUUUGUUUGAGUUAACACUGCAACUGCUAGCGAAGAAGUCUGCUUCAAGUUAGCGAAUGGCACAAAUAUAUAUUGUCCUACAUAGAGAACAUCAUGGUUAUUAAAAGUUUCGGCUUCAAUGUCAGUGCCUACAAACUUAAUAUGGGAGAAAAUAUACCUCAAGGGUUGAGACAUUUUGCCUAACCAGGUAUGGCAACGGUGCAAACAUAGCAAACGCCAUUGCAUUAAAUGAGCAGUUCGACACAGGCUGCAUCUUCAAAUUGGUAAUAAGUGUAAAAUAAAAAAACACAAACUCAAUUUGUAUUCAGUUUAAUAGCACAUUAUGUAGGCUGUGAUGUCUCUUUUUAAGUGAAUUUAUCUACGCUGUUAACACCCAUGUUUUGAAAAAUCAUAACCGUAAAUACAAUGUUUGUCAAAGAAAUCGCGAUUCAAUAUUUUAUUCAAAUCGUGCAGCCCUAGUUGUCAGUUAUGCUCAGUUCCAACCUUUGGAAUUCUGACAGUCUGUCAGUCAGCGCCUGCUGAGUCAGUGUCUUUCUGGAUGGCGUCUCCACUCAGCACUGUGCUUUUUGAUGAGGUGCGGUAUGUCCACACUGCUGAUGAGCUGCAGGCAGUGGAGAGGGCAGCUAAAGGCAAGGCAGACAUUGUGCUAGGCCACGUCCAGGUGUUGGGCCUACCAGAGCACCGGGCGCUGAUGGAGACAGCAUUUGUUUACGGAGCCAAGUACCAGUUUGUCCUGACCACAGGAGGACCAGUUCUCAAGAACAUGGGGGUGGGGGAUCCUUGGUCUCUGGCAGCAGGCUUGUGGUUCCUGCACUGUAAGGGAGCCUUCCAGUCCCAGCACACUGAGCCCUGCCCACACACGGCCCUGAGAAGACCCCUCACCACCCUCCACAUCUACACCUUCCUCCAGCUCAUGGAAGCACCGCUGGUGACUGAGGCCUUUGUCGAGCCUUCAGAGGUGAAGGUGGUCCACAGCCACCUCCAGGUGCCCCUGCUCUUCCUGUUCUCCCAGCCCAACACGGUGGCCCUGGACCGGGUCACAGCCCAAACUCUAGCCUCCAGGCUGAGAGGUCAGGUGGGCCUAGUGCUCAUCCACAGGGAAAGUCCAGAUGUAAAAACCCCAGUAGAAUACAACGCUGCUUACAAACUACCAGGAAAAGCUUCAGAGGUGAAGUAUCUGACUUUGAACAACCUUGAGGAGGUUGUUGACCUGUUCAGAGAUGAGAGAGUUCUGAAGGAAGAGGUUGAAGAGGAUGAGGAGGAUGAAGUGGGCGAAAAUGAUUAUUGGGCCACUCUUGAUGUCCUGGAUGAUGAGGUGGCGGAGUCUGUUUACCGAGAUCGGGGUCAGACUCUGAACAUGGAUGCUCUCACAGAACUCACUGCUGACAGGUUCCACAGCGCAGUGGCAGCCAGUGAACACAUGGUGGUGCUAUUUUAUGUCAAAUGGGAUGCUGUGUCCAUGGCCUUCAUGCAGUCCUACAUAGAGGUGUCAAUAUCACUAGAAGCCGCUGAUGUCAGCAACAUGGAGCUGGCCGUGGUGGAUUGUGGGGAGUGGACGGACAUCUGUGACGCUCAACAGAUCAGCUCGUUCCCGACAGUCCGUCUGUACCGCCCACAGGAGCCUCCCCAGACCUACAGAGGCAUGUUGGGUACUGAGGGCCUGACUCGGUUCCUCAUGCUGAGUCGUGUGGUGUCCCCUGUUGUCCUGUCCUGUCCUGACGAGGUGGCAUCCUUCCUGGAGGGGGACCUGUACCAGCAGCAUGCAGCGGUCAGCCCUGUCUCAGUACUGGGCCUGUUCAGCUCCACAGCAGACCCAGGUGUUUCAGUGUUGAAGGAAGCAGCAAAUGCCCUCAGGGGAGAGACGAUAGUCGGAGUCUUUGCUGACAAACAGGCAGAAAGAUGGUACGAUGAUAAUGUAAAAGUGGUGGUUGUGUUGGAGGAGCAUGAAAAGGCUGUGGAGUAUUCAGUGGAGCUGCCUGCUAUACUGGUGUCCCGAGGUCCUGAAGGCCUAAUGGAGGCUCAUCCACUCCACCUGUCCACGCCAAACCAACUAGUCACUCACAUCCAGAAAGCACUACUGGAUUGUUUUCCAGAAUUGACGGUGGAGAACCUGCCCCAGUAUCUGGGGCUCAAGAAACCCCUCCUCCUACUGUUUGUUGGAGUGGAGGAGAUGGAGAGGAAGGAGAACAGGAGAGCACUUCAAGAGAUGAGGAGCCUGCUGAACUCUGGUCGGCUGAUACCCUACUUGCCUUGCUGGAUCCACCUGGGUCGUACCCCGGCAGGGAAGGCUGUCCUGGAAGCCUACCUGGGUUCCAUGCCCCUGCUUCCUGCAUUGGUGCUGUCGCAGCUGUCCACUGGAGGAGAGAUAUUCCACUACCCCGCUGGCAGCCCCCUAAUGGAACAGCCCAUUCUGCAUUGGCUGCAGAUGGUGGAGGGUGGGAAUGAACUACCUGCAGGUGUGAUCGGAAAAGAUAAAUGGGAGCCUCCUGUACCCUUCUAUGACUUCCUGGCAGUCAUGGACCAGGAAGUGCCCGGAUACGCUUCCCAGAGGAGCCCAAAGACUAAGAUGAGGCCAAGUGAGAGAGACGACAAGGAGGAAGCAGAGAAGAACAGAAGAGGAAUCCAUGGUAACGCGGACAGACGAGUCCGAGCCGGGGCACACAAACCCCAAGAGUCCACCAUGACCAAGCCCCCGGCACCUCACCAUCACACUGAGCUGUGAGCCCAGAAUGGGUGGAAUCUGGGAUUGUUAAAAUGACCUCUAACAUAGAAACUCACUGGAGCUGUUAAACAAAGAGUCCUCUAGGGGAUUUGAUUGACAUUGAGCUGCCCAAUUGUACUAUACCUACUUGCCAUCCCAAUAAAAUAUGUAAAUAUUGA